GGCGCGGGGCCGUGUGGCAGCGCUGCGGGAAUGGAGGAACGGGAGCGGCUGUGCCGGGAGAUCCGAGUGCUCCAGGGUCUCAUAAACAGCCACAGGAAUAUGCACGGGAAUGUCCCACGUCCGGCACCAUCGGCUCCUCCGAGGUGGAACAACCCCUGCCAGCCCAGCUACAGCAGGAGAGGAACCUUUUCCACCAGGUACUCCCAACAGGCUCCCAGGAAUUUCCACCCUCGCCAGACUCACUCCUGGAGGAAAAAAUACUCCCUGGACAACCGGCUGCUGGGAUCGGGGUAUGACGUUGGAAGUGCUUCCUGCACUUCCCAGGGUUUUGGGAGCCCUGGGGACACCCAGACUCCUGAGCCACCGGAAUCGUCUCCGGAGAGACAUGUGGACUUCACCACGGAUGGGAACAUCGUUGUGGAUAUCCAGGUGCCACAAAGGGCUGGCCAGGAGCAUGUGGAUCCUUACAGCAAGUUUUCCGGGCGGGAAGCAGCGGUGGCUCCUUCAGUGGAUGGAAAUAUCCAGAAAUCUCUUCUCCAGAAGGAAGAGAGAAGACCUUCCCUAUCCAUUUCCUUCAGUUCCACAUCGAGGACUGUGUGCCUGCCUGGAAGUGGAGCCGGGAGCUCCUUUUCCGCCUCUGGAAGCACCAGUGAAAGUGCCGUGGCGCUGAAGUCAGAGCCACAAGAGCCUUUGGAAUUGCCAGGUCAGGAGCCAGCCCAGCUGGCAUGGAUCAAGGCAGAACCACCCUCUCCAGGGCAGCUGAGUGGUGAGGAAGUCCGGGAUGCUUCCCUACAUCCCAAACUCUUUCGGAAUGCGGAGACGCUCUCUCAACCUGCUCAGGUGGGGGUGACUACGGUGAAGAGCAGAUUUCCCGUAAUUCCCAAAGCUCCCACUCUCCAAAAAGCUGCCUCAGCACCCACCUCCAGCAAAUCUCAGAAAUUCAGGAAGAACAACUACACUUGGGUGGCAAACCCUGGGAAAAAUUCUCGGGUUGUGAAGAGGUGGGCGAGCCCUCGGGCUGAAAAUUCCAAGAAGGGCAUUGCGGGAGUGGACAAAGGUGCUAAAAUCUCCCCAAAAGCGGAUUUGGGAGCAAAGACAAAGAAAUUGGGGUUGCAAUCCAAGCUGGGGGUUUCUCCCAGUAAAUAUAAGUGGAAAGCCUCCAGCUUGCAGACUUUGCCUUCCACUUCCAAGUCAGCAUUCCAGUGGAGAAGUGAGGACCAGAAGAAGCCUCCAGCCCCAAAUAUCCCUCCCACCACCUCUGUCCCACUUGCUCCGAGCGCUGCAUCCGUUGUUCCCGGUGGGAUGAAAUCCUUUGGAGAGGCUGCACUGUCCAGUUACAAAGUGAAGAGCCGGACAAAAAUCAUCAAGAGGAAAGGGAACGUGGGAUCCCCCACGGAGAAGAAGAACAUCUCCUCCAGCACAGCUCUGAAGAGCCGCUUCCACCUCCGGAGGAGAAAUUCCGUGCGGGGAAAACCUUCGGUGACGGCGAAGCGCUCCUCGCCCCGGGGCCUGGUGCAGAUCUCCAAGCACCGGCUCUGCCGGAUGCCAGCGACCAGGACACAGGUGGCCACCAAGGAAGGAUCCAGCUUCCACUUUGUAAAGAACUCCCCAGCCAACAAGGUGAUAAAGACGCGCUACAGGAUCGUGAAGAAGAGCGUGGUGUCUCCAGCCUUAUCAUCCUUCACCAGCCCCAUUCCCACCUGGAAGACCAGACGCCCCAUGACAUCCAGAUCCCCAUUGUUAAACCAAACCCGGACCUCACUCCAAGGUGGCAAAUCCCAACUCGUCCAACAGCGCUGGAGGAACAAAGGCUUCCGCUGCAUUGGCGGGGUCAUGUACCGGGUGUCGGCCAACAAACUCUCCAAAACUUCCAGCAGCCCUGUCCGGGCCAGGGACUUGUGCAACAAAACUCCCAUCAGAGCAGCACUGAGAUUGCACUCCAUACCCAGUCCUGGGGUCUUUCCAGCCGGCCUGAGCAGAUCCUCAACGUGCCGAUACAUCGCCAGCCGUGCUGUGCAGAGGAGCUUGGCCAUCAUCCGUCAAGCCAAGCAGAAGAAGAAAAAGAAGGAAUAUUGUAUGUACUACAACCGCUUCGGGAAGUGCAAUCGGGGCGACAGCUGCCCCUACAUCCAUGAUCCAGAGAAAGUGGCUGUCUGCACCAGGUUUCUCCGUGGCACGUGCAAGAAGACAGAUGGGACCUGUCCAUUUUCCCACAAGGUGUCCAAGGACAAGAUGCCAGUGUGUUCCUACUACUUGAAAGGGAUCUGCAGCAACAGCAAUUGCCCCUACAGCCACGUCUACGUGUCCAGGAAGGCGGAAGUGUGCCAGGAUUUCCUCAAAGGAUAUUGUCCCAUGGGAGAAAAGUGCAAGAAGAAGCACACACUGGUUUGUCCCGACUUUGCCAAGAAAGGCGUCUGUCCCAAGGGUGCCCGGUGCAAACUCCUGCACCCCCAGAAGAGACGUCACUCACAGCAGGUUGGAGGUGAUGGCAACCACAGCAAUCCCCCUUCCAAGUGGAGACGGAUCCAGGAGACAUUGGACAGGAAUGAUCCAGCUCAGCUCCAGGAUGAUGGAGAAAUUCCUGGACCCUCUGGUGCGGAGCAAGAGGUGAAGUUGUGGAAAGAGGAGGACUCCAAGCCAAGCAGCUGCCUACAAAAGCUGCCAUCCUUCAUCUCCCUCCGAUCCCCAGAAUCUCCUGGUUCCCUGGGCUGCAAAGAGGAGAGGGAUGAGGAUGAGCCAGAGGAUGAAACAGGCAACACCAAAAGGAGAAGGAUUUUGCCAAGGACAUCCCUUCAGGAUUCCGAGGACUCCCUUAUGGGUGGCAGAGGAAAACAGCUGCAGAUCAAGCCCCGGCUAUGAGCCCAUCCCAAUCCUGUGGCAGCCGACCAGCUCAGGAACCGGAGAGCCAGGGAACGACCUGGCACCUACCUCAGGAUGCCAUGUCCAGACAUGGCACCCCCCUCCUCCUCUUGCUUUCCAGGGAUGUCAUUUGGACACGGAAUUGUGUGGCAGCGUAGGAAUGCACCGCUCGUUCCUGCAGGGAAGCAGCUUUGCUUGGAAUCUUGGAAUUGACCAGUAAACGACCUUUCCAGCUGGUUUGUUGAAGGCAAGUCCUGGCCACAAGGUGAUGGGGGGACCUGAGGUGGUUUAAUGCCAUCAGGUGACAUUCCCACAUCCAGGUCGGGAUGUACUGGGGACAAGUCACUGUGCUGGGAUGUAAUUGGUGUAAAGCCCCCACAGCCCUGAUCCCACCAUUCCGAGAGCCCAUCCCACUCCAAUCCCCCUUACUUUUGGGAGGAGAUUUCCUGGAGCUGAGAGCAUCUCUCAUGGGAAUGUGUUGGGAGCGGUGCUCAAAUCACACUCUGCAUUUUGGGGUCUCCCAUGGCCCAGUUGCACCUGACCCCCACCUCUCCCUAUCCCAGCGGGGCUUUGGGCUUCGUUGGAAAAGCCAAGCCAACUCUCCAGGGUUUGGGGUUUUUUGGGACUCUCCGAAUCCAAGCAGAAUCAGAGUGAAGGGAGAGCAUUAUGCCACUGGAACAAUGGGGUUUUCCAUCCAUGGGUACAAUUUCCAAGGGAUUUUGGACUGGCAGGUGCUGUUCCCCCACACGGAUGCAAUUUUGUGGGAUUUGCUCAUCCACAGCCCCUCAGGCAAAAUCUGUGGGGAAAAAGCAUCAGAGGGAUUUGGGAAGAACUGGGGCUCCCUGGGGAUGCAGUAUCCAGGUGUGAUCAGAGAUGGGGUGGGAGAUGCCAAUGGGCAUGGCUUCGACCCCCAAACAGGUCCCCACAGGGGGGUUCCCUUCCACAAGUGACCCCCUGGAGGGGGUUAGUCACCAUCCCAAAUCCACAGCAUCCCCCAGGCGCUGGAGGACCAGCAGGUCCCCACCCUGGGAUAUCACUUGUGCCCCAGAGUGUGUCCAAUGAGUUGAUUUUUAAUAAAAAAGUUGUGGUUUCUGUUGAUAUGAAAAUGUCUUUUGUUAACUCCUGUGUUUUGAUAUGUAAAUAAAAGUUUCCUCCCCUGG